AUGAGUCGAUCGAUAGAAGAGGAGCUUGACCAGCAACCGGGCCAGGUCUCAACUACCACCGAGAAGCCCUCCGAGGUCAAGGAAGAUGAGACUCACUUACCAACGGGGACCCGGCUGCUAGCUAUCAUUAUUUCUAUUCUGUUUGCUAUGUUUUUGGUUGCUUUGGAUCGCACUAUCAUUGCCACAGCGGUCCCUCGAAUCGCAACCCAGUUCAACGCCCUUGACGACAUCAGUUGGUAUGCCAGUGCAUAUCUGCUGACAAGUUGCGCCACCCAGCUAUCCUGGGGCAAGGUGUACACCUUCUAUUCGACUAAGACCAUCUUUCUGAUCGCGAUCCUUAUUUUUGAAGUCGGAUCGGCGGUCUGCGGCGGCGCACCGGGUUCCAAGGCCUUCAUCGUGGGACGUGCGAUAGCAGGCAUUGGAUCGGCGGGCAUAUUUUCGGGCGCGACGGUGAUAAUCGCACAGAUUGUGCCGCUGGCCAAACGACCCAUGUACGUUGGGCUGAUGGGGUCAACCUUUGGGCUUUCGUCAAUCAUCGGCCCUCUGAUGGGCGGUGCGUUCACAGACAAGGUAACAUGGCGUUGGUGUUUCUACAUCAACUUGCCCAUCGGCGGUUUCACCAUGGUCAUCUUGUUUCUUUUCCUGGCUGUCCCCCACAAACCCCAACCGUGCACCUGGAAGCAACAGAUCCUCCGCCUCGAUCCCCUGGGCAGCGUGCUCUUCCUGCCUUCUGUCAUCUGCUUCCUGCUCGCCUUGCAGUGGGGCGGCACAACCUACCCCUGGAGCAAUGGGCGCAUCAUCGCGCUGUUUGUCAUCUCAGGAAUUCUGAUUAUCGCCUUUGUCGGUGUGCAGAUCUGGCUCAAGAAGGACGCGACGGUACCGCCUCAUAUUUUCAACCAGCGCAGCAUCAUAAGCGGAGUCGUCUUUUCCCUGUGCGGCGUGCGAGGCACAUCGGCUGUGAAAUCCGGCAUCGACACGAUUCCCAUGGUGCUGGCGCUUGUUUUGGGGGCCAUAAUCUCUGGUGGAAUCAUCACCGCAACGGGAUACUACGUUCCGUGGAUGUUCGUUGCGGCGAUUUUCAUGUCGACGGGCGCUGGGUUGAUGACGACCUUCAAAGUGGACACCAACCAUGCCGCCUGGAUCGGGUACCAGGUAUUGUUUGGUCUCGGAAUCGGCACUGGAAUGCAGCAGCCCUCCAUGGCGGCGCAGACUAUUCUCCCGAUGAAUGAGGUUGCCAUUGGUGUCUCGCUCAUGUUCUUCGCGCAGUCUCUCGGUGGAGCUGUCUUUAUCGCGGUCGCUCAGUCGCUCUUCCAGAAUUACCUCGGUGCAAACCUCCCCCACAUCCAGGGAAUUGAUGUGGCCAAGGUCCUCGCGACUGGGGCGACGGGUCUCUCGAAUUCUGUUCCGACCACAAAGUUGGCCGAGGUUCUGGCUUUAUACAAUGAUGGCCUCCGACGAUCGUUCAUUGUCGCCGUGGCAGUGUCUUGUCUGAUGAUUAUCCCCGCGCUGACGAUGGAAUGGAAGUCAAUCAAGAAGGAUAAACCUUCUGUCGCGGCAGCUUGA